UUCCGGUCAGCGGGCCCGGCCCGUUAGGCUGGUUGACACUCGCGGAGGCUUCCCUCUUCACGUCUUCUCCACACCUCUGCACCUCGUUACUUGACCUCUGCCUUCAGGAUCCGCAGCGUGCACCCGCGUUCCGUGAGUGCCCUAGAGGCAAUCAGCGUGCCCCUCUGCGUGUCCCUGUGUUGCUCACAGGGACGCAGGUUGGGAGUGGCAGAGCUGUCUCAGAACUCGGGCGCUCUCCUGUGGGCACCUCAGGGUUACAGACAAACCCUCAUUCGGUUGCUUGGGGACAGGGACUUCACUCCCUGGCCCGAGCUUGAGGCUGAGCUUGACGGUGCUGAGUCAUUCUGGGCCCCCUCUGGAUAGAAAUUGGCUUCCUCGGUGAUUUCUGUGACAUCCCUGAUCCCGACUGUGGGGAUCUGGCGCGGACUGUGCUUCACCUCGUGGGGAGGGAGUUUCCACCGAGGCCACUCUCUUGUUUAUUUUCACAUCCCCAGAUCUUUCUUCUGAGACUUUGCCCUUCUCCAGGGAAGAGCACUCAGGAGACCAGAAAAAUGGCCACAGAGCUCCUGAGAGCCAAAAAAGAGGCAUUCGUGGCAUUCAGGGAUGUGGCUGUGGACUUCACCCAGGAGGAGUGGAGGUUGUUGAGCCCUGCUCAGAGGACCCUACACAGGGAGGUGAUGCUGGAAACCUAUAACCACCUGGUCUCACUGGAAAUUCCAUCUUCCAAACCAAAACUCAUUGCUCAGCUGGAGCGAGGGGAAGAGCCCUGGAGAGAGGAGAGAAAAUGUUCUCUGGACCUCUGUCCUGCAGGAUCAAAGCUGGAAAUUCAACUUUGUCCCUCCUGCCCUCUCAUAUUCUCCGGUCAGCAAGCUCUCAGCCAACACGUGUGGCUGAGUCAUCUCCCUCAGCUGUUUUCAAGUUUAUGUGCAGGAAAUCCUCUCCAGCAGGGAAAACACUAUCCGGAAGAUCAGAAACAGCAGCAAGAUCCAUUCUACUUGAGUGACAAAGCAGGAUGGAUUCAAGAGAGAGAAGACUCCAAAGUCCAGUUUGGGAGAGUAAGCAAAAGUGGCACUUCAAAGGCACUCUCCAGCCCAACUGAAGAACAGCCAGCAUGGUCCAAGGAAGACGACACAGUGGUGGAUAUAGGGCCCAGCCCUGAACAGAAGGCCGACCUUGAGGAGACAGACAAAGGAUUGCAUGGCUUAGAAGUCUCAGGAUGUGGAGAAAUCAAAUAUAAAGAGUUUGGGCCAGGCUUUAUCAAGGACUCAAACCUACUUAGCCUCCAGAAGACACAAACAGGGGAGACAGCCUACAGGUACACUGAGUGGGGACAGAGCUUUGGCAGUAUGUCAGUCCUCAUCGGAAACCCAAGGACACACUCUGGGGGAAAGCCUCAUGUGUGUGGGGAAUGUGGGCGAGGCUUUACCUGGAAGUCAAACCUGAUCACACAUCAGAGGACACACUCAGGGGAGAAACCUUAUGUGUGCAAGGACUGUGGACGAGGCUUUUCUUGGAAGUCGAACCUCUUCACACAUCAGCGGACACACUCAGGGCUCAAGCCUUAUGUGUGCAAGGAAUGUGGCCAGAGUUUUAGCCUGAAGUCAAACCUCAUUACCCACCAGAGGGCGCACACUGGGGAGAAGCCUUAUAUUUGCAGGGAAUGUGGGCAUCGCUUUCGCCAGCAUUCACACCUCAUCAGACACAGGAGGACGCAUUCAGGAGAGAAGCCUUACAUUUGCAGGGAGUGUGAGCAAGGCUUUAGCCAGAAGUCACACCUCAUCAGACACUUAAGGACACACACAGGAGAGAAGCCUUAUGUAUGCACAGAAUGUGGGCGUCAAUUUAGCUGGAAAUCAAACCUUAAAACACACCAGAGGACCCACUCAGGGGUGAAACCUUAUGUGUGUCUGGAGUGUGGGCAAUGCUUUAGCCUGAAGUCAAACCUUAACAAACACCAGAGGUCACACACAGGGGAGAAGCCAUUUGUAUGUAUGGAGUGUGGGCGAGGCUUUACCCGGAAGUCAACCCUCAUCACACACCAGAGAACACACUCAGGGGAGAAGGCAUUUGUAUGCAGGGAGUGUGGACGAGGCUUUAAUGAUAAAUCCACCCUCAUCUCACACCAGAGGACACAUUCAGGGGAAAAGCCUUUUAUGUGCAGGGAGUGUGGUAGAAGGUUUCGGCAGAGGCCUAACCUAUUUAGGCACAAGAGGGCACACUCAGGUGCCUUUGUGUGCAGGGAGUGUGGGCAAGCCUUUUGUGAUAAGUUAACUCUCAUUAAACACCAUAGGGAACACUCAGGGGGGAAGCCUCACAUGUGCAGGGAGUGUGGGCAAGGCUUUAGCCGGCAGUCACACCUCAUUCGACACCAGAGGACACAUUCAGGAGAGAAGCCUUAUAUUUGCAGAAAGUGUGGGCGGGGCUUUAGUUGGAAGUCAAACCUAAUCAGACAUCAGAGGACACACUCAGGAUAGAAACUGUAUGUGUACAGGCUAUGGUAAAGCCUUUAGCCAGGAGUCAUACUUCAUCAGAGAUCAGAGGACACACAGCACUGUGGCUUUGUCAGUCAUUGCUGGGAUUGCAGGCGUGCACCCCCAUGCCUGGCUAA